AUGGAUAAAAUUACCCCAUUAGGUGCUCCACCUCUUGGGCGAGACAAGGGUGGCGCUGACGCACCGAUGCUCCACUUCACAGGGGAGAGAAUCCGCAAACAACAGAGUUUCAGUGAGUUGAGCAACAUGGAGAAUGAGGAGUGCGUAGGCUUUUGUCUUCCAGGGCCAAAAGAGUCACAGUGCUGCUGCAUCGCUACACGGGGCGGUCAUGUAGCGAAGGGUCGGGGUAACCAGCUUUACUCCAAUGUACUCAGCACCAGAGCGCGGCAAGAGGACGAUGAGGAGUACUUAUUCAGUCCCUGGAGCUGUGUAUGUUUCACGCAAUCGACAGUUCAGAGGCGUGCGACGUGUACGAAACCCCGCGGUGCACUCGCCAAAGGCCGAAUGCCACACCGGGAUACCUCUACAGGUAGAUUUCAAGCUCAGUGUUUACGUGUUCAGGCUUUUUCUAAUGAGCUUGACAAGCUACAAGAGAUGCUGUACUACUACUCGUGUGAAGUCUUCUCUGCGGAUGAUCUCCAUGUGCUUCGCCAUGUUCUUUGCGCCGAAAGAAUGGGACCGCUAAUGGACGAAGAAGCGAAGCUGUUACACGAAUUGCUGAGCAAUACAGGGACCAGUUGUCUGUCACUUUCUGAACGUCAGCUAUUCAUCAGCUUGCUAGGGAAGCGAGCCAACGGAAGCCUUUCACCUGAAGAAGAACUUAGCCUGAAGACGCUAUUACUUCGGGCACUGGCAAAUUCUCUGUCUUCAGAGCAGCAGUUGAACGCUUCUGCAGCCCUUCAGGAUAAGUUUAGUGUUCCCUUAUCCCCAUAUGUGCUCGAUGACCUUCGUCGUGUCCUAUACGAAGCGGACGACGAGCAAAGCAGAAGCGAUGUCCAGGCGGCACUAGAGGAGCAACUGAAGCCGUAUUGCGGAUUGAAACAACGCAUUGCUAUCCAUCGGCUCCUCUUCUUAGAGCCACCGUGGCCACUGUCACCCGAAGACCGCCACUUGCUUGAAACUCUGUACUUUCAGCCGGCAGCUUGGUGGUCGCCAGCGCAGGAGAAACGAUUCUUUAAUAGCAUUGCAAGCGACACUGUAAAAGGAGAGUCGAAUUCAAGUAGUGAGGCUCUUCAGCUCCUACUUCAGCUCCUCGCUGCUUCACUCACUCUCUCCCAGAGGCAGCACCUUUCAGGUUUGCUUGAAGCACCAGAAGUGCAAGGAAAUGCAACGGAGCUGCAAUCUACCGAAAGUGCUCAGUGGAGUGGAGGAUUACCAACCCCUUUGCAGGCGAGGACCAUGGCCUUGACACAGCGCGCGAUAGACGGUGAGACUCUAACUGCCGUCGAGACUUGUGAUCUGCAGCACGGGAUACUUCAAGAGCUCUCUAGGCUGUUGCCUCAAGAGUAUGUCGGGGCACUGCACUGUGUGGUGCAUCUACAUGGUUCGGCACCACUCACUAGAAAUGCCUUGCCGAUUCUUGAGGAGCUGCAGUGCGCCCGAGACAUGUGGCAGUCCAGCGGAGACCUCAUAAUCUGCGGAGGACGCAAAGACGGCAGUGGACUUCAGCACAUGUUCGUGAAUUGUCUUGCCGCUUCUCUUACUCUCGAACAGCUGCAACUGCUAACACAACUGCUUCAGGAGGGCAUACAGCUUCAGGAAACUGAUGCUCGCCAGAGCAGUGUUCAGCAGCCACAUUCUGGCUUUCUGCCAGCACCUUUUCAGGCCACAACCACCCUUUCUGGUAAUGCUGGGAGCUGUACAGUAGAGAUACCUGGACCACGAUACAGGGAAGACUCUGAACUAAUUAGUAGCAAGGAGGGUGCAGGAGACGAAACGUCGGAGCUGCGGGCAGACUGCACAUUGCUUUUGACGCGGGACCAAGCUGGGCUCCUCGAACUUUUGCUGGAAUUACAUGAUAUUGGUGCCCAGGGCUCACAGCAGGACGACAUGCUGGCGAACUUGCUCCGGCGGUUUCAAUUUUCAGGCCCUGUCUCUGACGAACCUCAUCAGCUGGUACACCAACUACUUCUUUUCCAGCUCUCUCGCUCGCUUUCAGAAGAGCAGGUGAAGCUCAUUGAAAAAGUCGCAAAUGCUAGCCGUGAUGAAGUGUCUCAGGUCAAUGCGGAUGCUAGCAGCGACGCCCAACAACUCGGCGGCACGACUUUGGCUCCUGGUGAUAGGGGGUCUCGUAACACUUGUCAGAUUCACAAUGAAUUGAUUAGCGCUAAUCAGAGGCAACUCCUUCAAUGGAUGCUGUCACAACAGAUAAAUCAGGCACCUGGGUGUGCCCAGCGUCUUCCCCGCUCUGAUUUAGGUGCAUCGAUUGGUAAUGAAGACUCAAAAAGCAUGCUCUGCAACAGCAAACCGUGGAAGCUGCUGAUUCGUUUGUCUGGUUCAUUGACUCGUGCCCAGGUGCAGAUGAUUCUGCUUCUUCUGGAGUGGACACCAGGAUACUCAACAGCCCCAGAGUCUAUGGAUCUGGAAAACAAUUCGUUUUCCGGAGCAGUGGACGGUGAAGGGCCCACGCCAGCUCACAAGGAAUUUACGUCAUUGCCGGUUGCGCAGCAAAGACAGCUUAUGCAUUCUGGCUCAUCAGCACCUGAUGAUGGUCACUACCGGUUGAAGGCCUCAUUGGAUUCUGCGAAGCAUGCGCCGAAGAGGGAUGCUGCAGUCUGCUUGUCCUUGACGGAGACAGCACAAGCGCUACCAGCUGUAGUUGGAGACUGCCGAGAAGGGGAAGUCGCCGCGGUUGUUCAACGGGGGUCUGUUGAUUCAGAGAGCCCUAAGGAGAAAGUGCCACAAACUGUAUUAACUCUCCCUGAAAGCGCUGGUCGCCCGUUAAAUAUGUCGGUGGCUGAGAUGUCAAAGGGAGAAAAAUAUGCUUCUGCGACUGGCAAGACCGAUAUACGAGGACCACAAGGCGUUGAUGCUUCGCGGGGGGAAGAUUCGGUAGAGGGGGCCCUUUCAUGUGCCCAAUGGAGGGAAGCUGAAGCUGCCAUUAAUGCCAACGUCUGUCUGCCUCCCGACGGAGGGUCUUUUCCGCAAGCCAGCGCUGCCGAGAGCCUGUCGGCUAAGAGGCUGAUGAUGGAGCAGCUGGUUCAUGAGGCGGCAGAGAGGCAGAUAUUUCUCGAAGACCUGAAGACGUGGCGGCAGCAGUACAAGCAAAGGGCAGAGCUGCGCGAAAUUCUCAAUUCUUACAUAGUGAGGAUACAGACUCUCCAACAGGGAUACUUGAAACGGUGCCCUUGCUUGUAUCAUCAGCAACAAGAUCAAAGAGAAGAAGAAGAAAGAAAAACGAAUCUGAAGCUUUUAGACUCACUGGAAAGCUCUAUUUGGGGGCCAGCUGAGCAGUUCCCCGCAGAAUCCGACAGUUUUACCUCAAGUGGGGUUGGCCUCUCCAGUGAAGUGCUUCACUCGGUAGGUGAUGGUGAUUCUGAAAGCUUAUGCCACCAAGGCAGUUCGUCUUCGGGAAUUUCGUCACUCGCCUCCGCUUUUCGAGACAUUGCAAACACACACCCUUCAGGAGCACUGCGGAGAAACAGGUCUUUCCCACGGAGAAAACCAUCCUUGUCGAGCAGAGUGGGAACCUCUAGCGACUGCUGCAGCCUCGAUCGCUUAGAAUAUUCAACGGGCUCGAUGGAACGCGUGUCCUCCCUUCCAUCCCUCCCUGCUGCUAAGGCCCCUUCACAUACCAGCUCCAUCGGGUCGGCUUCACCUAUGAGUGGUGAAGAAAAACAGAAAGGAGCGGAAUCACUUACAUGCAUACGGAGUCACGCAAAGGGCGGUUUACGCUCGGACCAGCACCAUCGGGGAAUUAGCAGCGAUCAGUUAAGGCGGCUCAGAGACGAAGAUAUGACCAUACAACAAAGGAAGGCGCUCAUGCAACAGAAAGCUUUGGAAAAGGCCCAAAAGGUUAAGGUAGAUGCAAAAGUGGCGUGCUGGGUCGCUUGCAUGAAGCGCUCAAAACAGGGGAAGCCUGCUCCAGUAAUCGAACUAGUUGACAGAAUGAACUUGUCUCACCUCAACGCCAAAACACUCCCAAAAGGAAAAGGAUGGAAGACACGAGGUUUGUUGGAGAUGGUAGAAGGCAUUGUCUCCCUCGUGUGUAAACUACCUCGAGGCACAGAAAUCACGUCCACUUUGCAGCCGCUGUUAGUCUUGGCAAGCCAAACACGCGUAGAAGACAUCGACCUUGCAGUGCAUGCAGAGUGUGAAGGAGUUCGGCGCGGCCUGACGAGACUUCGUGCGCGCGGCUCAGUCGGCCCCGAGGGGGAUGGGGAAGCCACAGAUUCUGUACAGAAGAACAGUAGGCGAACAUCCCAGGACAUUCUGGCGGAAGCUGCAACUUGCGGUGGAGACAGAGACGGAACACGGCGUGUAACGGGAGAUACGGUGCUUGCUGCAGCGAGGCUGCCGCAGCGAUCUUCACAGCAGAACUAA